AUGUUCGAGGCCAAACAGCAAAACAAUUUUAUACCCCUAGACCCGGCGUACCAACAAGAAACUAACCCUCACUGGACCGCAUCAGAUUGCUCUGGAACUACUAAUUAUGCUCCAAACCUUGACUUGAUCACCUAUUCUGCGAAUGUGCCGCGCCCAUUAAGUUGCGCGUCUCAUCUACUCCCUGAAGAGCAUGAAUUAUUGCAUCAUUAUGCUACAACCGUCUUUGAAUCGCUAGCAGACUAUGAGGCAUAUAGACCAAUAUGGCAAGUUGUUGUCCCGCGAGAAAUGCAGUCUGUUAGCUUCUUGAAGCACGGGAUACUAGCAAUAUCGGCUCUACAUAUACACUAUCUUCGCUUUAGAGCAACUAAACAAAAGGGACUAAGUUCAGAGGAACUCUUGCACAAGGAGUUAGCCCAGAAACAUUACCAAGCAGCGGUAAUGGAGUUUGGGUCACUGUUUCCAGAAGACCUAUCCAACACUAAUGCCGCAUUUGCUUUCUCACAUUUGACGAUUUUCUUCGCUUUCGGUUCCGCUCAGCUAUCAGGUUAUGGAGCUCCAAGGCCAAAUGCAAUUGAUGAUUUACUGAGCUUAUUUGCCUUAACUAGGAAAGCCAUGGCAUUUUUGAAAAUGAGAUGGGAAUUACUAGUAAAAGGAGACAUGGGAAUACUCCUUCAGCGUGGCCCUGAGAUUACGAACAGAAAGUACCUACCAACAGAUGCUGUUGUCGCGCUCGAAUUGCUAGAAGAACUGUGCAACGAAAGGGUAUCGAGUAAUCGGGAAAUUUCGGGUUCGUUUAACGAAAGUGACCACGAUAUCAAGGCCGGAUAUCGUCGUGCAAUUGAGCAGCUAUGGGACUGCUUUGUCAUGUUAGAAACAAAACGGAAGGACUGGGGCAUGGCCCUCCGAUUUCCUAUGAUAUUUCCUGACUCCCUUUUUCCAUGCUUCAGAGCUCGGGAACCACUGGCAAUGAGCACCGGUACGAUGGUGGGCGGAUGGCUGGAGUACACAAGUUAUCCAGACAAUAUUCUACAUCUUGCCUCAAGACUGGAGGUAUGCUGUGUCCUGGCCGAUGAGUACUUCCGGAAUUUUGUCUUCAGAGCUACAGCUAAGAGAAUAGGCAUGUUUCUAACUGGAAUAUCUAUGUCAAACCCGACUACUAGAGCAUCUUCGAACUAA